AUGCCAUUUUCCAAGCUCAGCGAGCAACAGCAAGCUUUUAUUGCCAAUCGCGCCAGAGUCUGGGAAGUAAGACGCUUUUGCCAAGUCUUACCCUCCGUCGCCAAAUACGUGCGCGGAGCAGACACUAGCUUUACAAGCAAGCCAUCAAAGCCAGAUGAGUGCUCGGAGAAUGAGCCGGACGGCGCGCUUGCUGCCCUGCUGCGAUGUCUGGUGCAUCGAACGGGCGCCGACUUAGCCAUGAUCAGCCUGUUGGAUGAUCACACCCAGUAUUUUGUAUCAGGCGCCAGCCGUGCCAACUUCAACGACAUCAAGGUCACGCUUGGUGAGCAUGCCGAACCACACAGUCUCUAG